AUGGCGUCUGUGAAUCCGCAGCCUCUGCAGUUCCAGGACCCUGCGAUACCUGUGGAUGACGACGAUGACGACAGUGAUGGUGCUGAUGAUGAUGCUAUGGAUGAGUUGGAGGAUGCGCAUGUUAGUUCAGUGAACGUCGUUGCUAAUGCUGCGAGUGCGAGUCAUGAAGCCGUGGCUGCUAUGCCUUUGAGAACUAGCGAGCUUACUCUUUCUUUCGAGGGUGAGGUUUAUGUCUUUCCCGCUGUCACUCCUCAGAAGGUUCAAGCCGUGUUGCUGCUCUUGGGAGGACCUGAUGUGCAGGCAGGUGUGCCUGCAGUUGAAUUACCAUUUGAUCAAAGUAACAGGGGUAUGGGUGAUACUCCAAAGCGUUCAAACCUUUCACGAAGAAUAGCAUCCUUGGUCAGAUUCCGCGAGAAACGAAAGGAAAGAUGUUUUGACAAGAAAAUUAGGUAUUCCGUGAGAAAAGAGGUGGCACAGAGGAUGCAUAGGAAGAAUGGGCAGUUUGCAUCCUUGAAAGAAAGCCCAGAUUCAUCUAAUUGGGAUUCUGCACGGAGUUCUGCGCAAGAUGGCACUUCUCAUUCUGAAUCUACGUAG